AUGAAGUUCAAGGCGUUUCUCACCGAGAAUGGAGUCAUGCUGCUGGAGAGAAGGUUUCUGCCAGCUCUUGACAAACUAGGGAAGACAUGCCAUCUUCUGCUGACCAAAGAGCGUGUCAUCUUCCUUCACAACCUUCUCAAUGGUGAUGGCAUUCAGUGCAUUGCUCAGUUUCAAAAAGAGGUACUAUUCGAUGACUACCGAAUCUCCAGCCAGAACGAAGACUGCAUCGCCUUUGCCGUGGACUUGUCCCUCCUUCAGCGAGCAGUUCGAAGCAGUGUCAGCAUUUGCAGCGAGUUCGGUGCAGGUGGGUCACCUUCGAACCGCCUCCAGAUCAAACUGGUGAAGAAGCUGCCACCCAAAUGUACUCAGCCAAUGCCAUAUCUCACGUUUGAGACCAAGGGCUACAAGGCUGCAGUCAUCCAGGAUGUCCCCAUUUCGAAACCCUUGCCGAGAGCUCAAGUGCUAGAGCUUCGAGCUGCUCUCGAGCUGGCACAAGAACUUCCCCUGACAUUGGUCCAGGUUCCCGAUUUGAACCAGAUCCAGAACUAUGUGGACCGAAUGCGACAUUUGGGGGAGAUGCUGAAUGUCUCAAUAAGCAAGUAUGGGGAUCUUCAUCUUCAAAUUUCAACUGCUUUGGUUUCACUUGGGGCUGAGUUCAGGAAGUUGUUGGUUAUUGGGGAGAAAGCACAAGCUCCACCUGAGGAUGAGAAUCUCAGUGCUGAAACUCGACAUCAGAGGGCGAUUAUGAGGCAAGAUGGGCAGUUUGUGCAUGUGAGUGUGAAGCAUUUCGCAAAGAGCCUUCAGUGCAACCUGACUAAGCCAGAUUGUGCUUUCUAUGGGAUUGCACCUGAGGGAGCUUCCUUGACUGUGAUAUUCCAGUUUUUCGUUCCUGGCACGCAUCAAACGGAUAAAUCGAUUGGCUUGCACUGCAGACUUCCUGUGCUUGAUCCUGGGACGAACUGA